AUGGCCAACACACGUUCAGGAAAGGAUACUUCAAAGCCCACUGGUGUCGACAAAAACACCAAUGCUCGAAAGACCCGUGAAAAGGAUGAAAUUGCCGCCCAGAAAAGGAAAAUCGAAGACAAGCGAAAACAGCGCCAGCAGGAGCUCGAGUCACUCCGGAACGACUUGCUAGCGGCGGGGAGCCAAUUGAAUGGCCCGCCGCUUACAGAGGAUGAGAGGGCUGAGCUGGAGAACAGGCACAAGAACAUUAAAGAAGCCAUCCAAUCUACGGAAGCGUAUGGCGAUCAUACUGGGUUCUUCUUUAGCAUGCGUUCAGAGGUUGGAGGACCGCAUUUACAGUUAUAG